UUAGUUAGUUAAUUUCUUUGACGAUAUUAUGUAACUAUUUCAGGAAUACAUGCAAUGUGUGACUGCAGUUGAUGGACAAUGGUUGGCCGAAUUGGGUCCAAUGUUCUAUAGCAUUAAAGAAUCGACUAAGUCCCGACAGGAAAGACGCAAAAUGGCCAAGCAGAACCAGAACCAAAUGGAAGAAGAAAUGGCUCUGGCUCAAGAACAGCUGAAACAGAGAAGAGAAGAACAGAAAUCUCGUGAUUGCAUUUCCGUCAGAAAAAAUCAGAUUGCCACACCUGGGAGAUUAGAACCGGGAACACCUCGAAGAACACCAUCGAGAUUUGGAUUGUGAGAAAUCUUGUUGAUUUUAAUUCAUUCGCGAGUUUUAAAAACUUUUUGUAAAUACAAAAAGAAUUAAAAGAUUUUAACGCGA